AUGGGGACCAAAGCUGCUGUAGUCACUGACCACAGUGACUGUUCUCUGUUGCAGUGGUCAGCCAUGGCUGCAGGAUCUUUGGAGGACAACCAGACCAACAGCUCCCUCCUCUCCCAAAGCAGGGAAGACAGUGAGGAAUCAGGAAAGACCUGGAUGCUUGAAGUGUCUGGGGAAGAUAAAGAUGAGGUUCUCAGAAACUGUUUAAGGAACUAUCAUGCAGUAGCUAGCAUGCACAAUUGCUGGCUCAUGCUGCAGCUGACUCAUCAAGCAGCUGGCUCUGGUGAUGGAGGGCAGCUGGCUCACACAGUGGCAAUGAGCUGGCACAAUGGCUUGCUAGCAAAGAGGAAGAAGGUGGCAUGCUGCACAGACAGUUGGAGAAGACCACCUGAGCUCAAAAUCAAAUGUCUUGCCCAGUCGGUGAGCCACCACCGAGGACUCAGCAACCUUCCCCUCGAGCCCCCCUCAUUUCCUGACACUCCGUCCCCCCUGCCCACCUUCUCCCGCCGCAGCCUUCUGCAGGCCGUUUCCACCAAUGAAAAGGAAUCGUAUCAUAUAUCCGCUAUCCAGAACUUCCACUCUUUCGACCCCUUUGCUGAUGCAAGUAAGGGUAAUGAUCUGCUUCCUGCUGACACUGAGGAUUAUAUCCAUAUAAGAACUCAACAGAGAAACGGCAGGAAGACCCUUACUACUGUCCAAGGGAUUGCUGAUGAUUACGAUAAAAAGAAAUUAGUGAAGGCGUUUAAGAAGAAAUUUGCCUGCAAUGGUACUGUAAUUGAGCAUCCAGAAUAUGGAGAAGUAAUUCAGCUACAGGGUGACCAGCGCAAGAACAUAUGCCAGUUCCUGGUAGAGAUUGGACUGGCUAAGGAUGACCAGCUGAAGGUUCAUGGGUUUUAAGUGCUUUUUGGCUCACUGAAGCUUAAGUGAGGAUUUCCUUGCAAUGAGUAGAAUUUCUCUUCUGUCCCUUGUCACAAGUUUAAAAACCUCACAGCUUGUAUAAUGUAACCAUUUGGGGUCUGCUUUUAACUCGGACUAGUGUAACUCCUUCAUGCAAUAAACUGAAAAGAGCCA